GCAUAUUUGCUCUUUCCUCGGUUCCCCUUGUCGUCGAUAUGUUUGGCGACUUACACUACACAUACUAUGCUAAUGAUCCAGUGCAAGGCGUGGUACCCAUUAGCACGAUAUCGCAGAGCAUGAACCUGUUGUUUGCGCUGUUGUCGCGAUUUUCAUUAGUCGGAGCCGAUCUUCUGGUUCUCUGCGUCACUUGGUACCGAACCUACGAGACGAUCAAGGUAGCUCGGCAGGUCGCGGGUGGGCUACGCAAUAGGACCUUUGCGAACAUUCUUCUCCGUGAUGGGACAAUCUAUUUCUUGACGCUGCUUGUCUUGAACGUUCUUCACGUUGCAUUCACUCUAGCAUCGGCAAGCUCCGACGUUGAUCAGAUCGCUAGCGAUGAAUUCGCCACAACAAGCGUCAUUAUCUGGUUUGAGGAACCAUUCACCUCCAUCCUUACGUCGAGGUUCCUCAUCAACCUGCAAAAAGUCAACCGCAAAUUAGCGGGCUCUGUACAGUCGAUGUCGCAAUUGCCGGAGCUUGCUUUCCAGCCCUACGCCUCGGGAAACGUUGAUGGCUUCAUUGGGUCCCUGGGGACACAGCUCUCGUUCCACAAAGAGGACGUAGAGGGGAGCGGCGAGCACCAGUACUCCCGAUAGUUGAUCCGCGAAGAGUAGCACACCUAUCAUAUCACUAGCUAU